UCCGUUCCGUCUGUACAAUGCGACUUUUCCUGGUGCUGGUGGCCGCGCUAUUGCCGGCCGUGAAUCAUGUCCACGCUCAGGAAAACCUGACAAUCGAUACGGAUAUGCUAAGCAAGCUGGUGUCCCCCCCAUCGGUCUACUCGCGCGUCAUUGGAGGCGAGUAUACGACCAUCGAGAAGCUGGGUGGCUACCUGGUGGCCAUGCGCUACCGCAACGACUUCAUUUGCGGAGGCGGUCUGCUCGCGAGUCGCAUAGUCCUCACUGCGGCCCACUGCUUCCUUGGGCGCGAAUUGGUGCAAAGGUGGGAGGUACAGGCGGGCAUCACGUCACUGAGCCAGAACGGCCAGCGCGUGGAGCUGGCUGAGUACAUCUCGCCCAGCGCCUUCCGCGAGCAAGACAUGCACAUGGAUGUGGCACUGGGCCUGCUUUCGAGGCCCGUCUGGGGCAGGAAUAUAAUGCAUCUGAAGCUCUGCACGACCAAGCUCACGUUCGGCCUACAGCUGACCGUCGCUGGAUGGGGUCUAAUCAAUGCCAAAGCCAGUAAUUACCAGACUCAUCUGCGAAAGGUCAAUGUGCCGAUCCUAAACAGGAAACAAUGCUUAGCCACCUACAUGGAUACAGUCAACCUGACGGACAGCAUGUUUUGCGCGGGAGUGCUGGGCAAGAAGGACGCAUGCACCUUCGACUCGGGCGGUCCUUUGGUCAUCAAUAAUCAGGUUUGUGGCAUCGUUUCGUUUGGCAUUGGAUGCGCCAGCCCAAAGUAUCCCGGUGUCUACACAGAUGUCAGCUUUGUCAAGCCGUUCAUUCAAAGGACCAUGGCGGUUUUGUUGAAGAAGAGAUAGACGUCAAAUUCGAUUUGUAGCUAAGACUUAUCGAUCGUUCCGAGUGGCCAGGGCGGGUAUUACUUUACCUUCUGCUGUUCCAUACUUAUUCGAUAUAUUGAUCAAGUAUAUAGCGAUUAUAUAGACAAGGAAUCUUUGCUGUUAA